AUGGUGUUAAAGAAAGAUGUUCAGAAGGAUGCAGGACCACUUCAAACAUGUGCAGGUCACGAAGGGGGAAUUGAAGCAGCAAUACACGCUAUGGCAGAGGUUCAUGAUAACAAGGACACGGAAGCCAUUUUGCUAGUGGAUGCUUCCAACGCAUUCAACGCUCUCAACAGGACCGCUGCUACCAACAACAUGCAGUACGUUUGCCCACCACUUGCUAAAUACUUUGAGAACACCUACAGGGAACCAACAGACCUCUAUGUAGCUAAUAGCAAGGGAGUGAUCAUCAAGAGCAGUGAAGGUUUCACUCAAGGAGACAAUAUUGCCACUGGUGGAUAUGCUCUUAGCACCAAGCCACUUAUUGACCGCCUGCGAAACAUCAUCAAGCAAGUGUGGUUUGCAGAUGAUAGUGCUGCUGGUGGGAAAUUGGAAGCAGUGUAUAAGUGGUGGAAGGAGUUGCUCCAAGUAGGACCCAAGUAUGGUUAUUUUCCUAAUCCAUCUAAGAGCAUUCUAGUAGUAAAGGACCCUCAGAUGAUUGACCAGGCCAAGGCACUGUUUGGAGAGUUCAAUAUGCAAAUAACAUCAGGUACCAGGCAUCUUGGAGCAGUACUUGGCAAUACAGGUGUCAAAGAUCAGUACAUUACCGAUAAGGUUCAAGGGUGGUGUGACGAUAUCAAGAUGCUAGCUGAUAUUGCAGAAUCUGAGCCUCAAGCAGCCUACUCAGCCUACAUCUCUGGCAUCCAACACAGAUGGAAGUUUGUUCAAAGGACUGUGCCCCACAUCUCUGAAGCCAUGGAGCCGCUAGAACAUGAGAUAAGACAAAAGCUCCUGCCAAAGAUGCUGGGCAGGGAGAUCUCAGACUUAGAAAGAGACGUGUUAAGUCUACCAAUAAGAUUGGGAGGAUUGAACAUUGGUAAACCCCACGAAGAAUGCCACUCUGAGUAUACAGCCUCCAAGCUACUCACCACUGAGCUAACAAAAGCAAUAGUGGACCAACAGGAAGUUUACACUGCAUCCAGUAACCUCACCAAAUCGGGGAAAGAAAUGAUCAAAACAUUGAAGAAUUCCGAGCUCCAAGCCAUGUUUAUUGCUAUAGCUGAAAGAUGUGGCACCUCCUCUAAGAGAGCAUUACUAGCAGCAAGAGAAAAGGGAGCGUCCAGUUGGCUUAACACAUUGCCACUUCAGCAGUAUGGCUACACUCUGAACAAAGAGGAGUUUCGAGACAGUGUCUGCUUAUGCUACAGUUGGUGGAUACCAAACACUCCCAUCACCUGUGGAUGUGGGAAAACAAGUGAUCUUGACCACCUUCUCACCUGUAAGCUAGGGGGCUACGUGAUAAUGACCCACAACAACAUCAGAGACACAAUGGCAAAUCUCCUUCGUGAGGUAUGUCAUGAUGUAAAAGUUGAACCCCAGCUACAGAAGGUAAAUGAGGGUGACUGCCUCAACCCCAAGACUAUAACAGGUGACCAAGCUCGGCUUGAUGUAUCUGUUAGAGGAGUUUGGACUCCAUUUGAUAAGACCUUUCUUGACAUAAGGGUUUCACACCCCAAUUGCUUAUCAAACAGGACAAAAACUCUUCAAGAAGUAUACGAAGAGAACAAGAAGGAGAAGAAGGACGAGUACUUGGAGAGAGUGUUGAAUGUGGAGAAGGCUACCUUCACCCCGGCUGUAUUCCUCACAUCUGGAGGAAUGUCUAAAGAGUGUAAGCAGUUUGUCAACAGAGUAGCAGACCUCAUUGCAAGAAAAAGGAAGGAAAGGUACUGCGAUGUAGUAAGACACGUGAGAACUAGGAUAAGAUUUGCAAUGUUGAGAACAACUCUUAUUGCUCUACGAGGGUACCGAGGAAAGAAGGUGGACACCAAACGUGAGAUUCAGCUAUCAGAAGUUUUAUACAACCUCAUCCCUGCCCCUAUAAUGGAGUAG